AGAAAAAUGAAAACCCACCCAGCCAUUGUUUUCCUCCUCCUCUUCGUCAUCAGUUAUGGCUCUUCUGAAAACUCAAGUACGUCCAGAGGGUGUGGACUGGAUCUUCUCCCCCAGUAUAUUUAUCUGUGUGACCUGGAUGCCAUUUGGGGAAUAGUAGUGGAGGCAGUUGCUGGAGCAGGAGUGCUGACGACAUUGCUGUUGAUGCUGAUUUUGCUAGUGAGGUUGCCAUUCAUCAAGGACAAAGAGAAGAAGAGCUCAUUGGGAAUGCAUUUCCUCUUUCUCUUUGGGACACUAGGACUGUUUGGGCUGACUUUUGCAUUCAUCAUACAGGAAGAUGAAACAGUAUGUUCCACUCGAAGGUUUCUGUGGGGCGUUAUCUUUGCGUUGUGCUUCUCCUGUUUGCUAGCUCAAGCCUGGAGAUUACGUAGACUAGUUCGACAUGGUAAAAGUCCAUCUGGCUGGCAUCUAGCUGGCAUGGCAAUCUGUCUUAUGCUGGUCCAGGUCAUUAUUGCAACGGAGUGGCUAAUACUGACAGUUGUGAGAGAUAAGAAGCUGGCCUGCAAUUAUGAGCCAGUGGAUUUUGUUAUGGCUUUGAUUUAUAUUAUGUUCUUGAUGAUGGUUACCAUGGGAGUCUCUCUGUUCACCCUGUGUGGAAAGUUUAAGAAGUGGAAGAAAAAUGGAGGAUGCCUCAUUAUAACGAUUUUUUUCUCGAUUCUAAUUUGGGUAGCUUGGAUAACGAUGUAUCUGUUUGGCAAUACUGAACUGAGGAAAAAAGACAAAUGGAAUGACCCCACUCUUGCCAUUGCACUGGUGUCCAGUGGUUGGGUGUUCGUUAUUUUUCACGCUAUCCCAGAAGUUCAUUGCACCAUUCUUCCAUCACAGCAAGAAAACACACCCAAUUAUUUUGAUACUUCGCAACCAAGAAUGCGUGAAACUGCUUUUGAGGAAGAUAUACAACUUCCUCGGAGCUACAUGGAAAACAAAGCCUUUUCAAUGGAUGAACAUAAUGCAGCUUUAAGAACGGCAGGAUUUCGCAAUGGCAGCUUGGGAAGCCGACCUAGUGCUCCCUUUAGAAGCAAUGUUUAUCAGCCAACUGAGAUGGCAGUUGUGCUAAAUGGUGGGACUAUACCAACUGCUCCGCCAAGUUACACUGGAAGACACCUCUGGUGA